UCAGAGGGUAAAGGUCUUGCUCCCAGCAGCCUCCGCGGUGGAUACGUCGCCAUCUUGGAUCCGCGGGACAAGAAAAUUCAUGCGAGGGAGAACUGGUGGGCGGUCCUUCCUGUGACACGACCCUUGAGUGACAGUUCUAUUUGAUUGCCUCCAGUACUGUGAGGAAAGGACACGACUCUAUGGUGAGGACUGAUGGACAUACAUUAUCUGAGAAAAGAAACUACCAGCCUCCAGCUCUGAGCUUUCCAAUCCCCAGAGUAGCAAAUGUUGAAAGAAGUUGCACAGGAAAAGGACCACUCUGCCAUGGAUGUGUUUCUGUCCCUGGGAAUAGGAUUCCAUGCCUGGGCCAGCAUUUGCCAGCAGUAUAGACAAUAAAUGAUUUCAGAGUGACAAACAGCAUGUUUGGUGCUUCAAGAAAGAAGUUUGUAGAGGGGGUCGACAGUGACUACCAUGACGAAAACAUGUACUACAGCCAGUCUUCUAUGUUUCCACAUCGGUCAGAAAAAGAUAUGCUGGCAUCACCAUCUACAUCAGGUCAGCUGUCUCAGUUUGGGGCAAGUUUAUACGGGCAACAAAGUGCACUAGGCCUUCCAAUGAGGGGGAUGAGCAACAAUACCCCUCAGUUAAAUCGCAGCUUAUCACAAGGCACUCAGUUACCGAGCCACGUCACGCCAACAACAGGGGUACCAACAAUGUCACUUCACACGCCUCCAUCUCCAAGCAGGGGUAUUUUGCCUAUGAAUCCUAGGAAUAUGAUGAACCACUCCCAGGUUGGUCAGGGCAUUGGAAUUCCUAGCAGGACAAAUAGCAUGAGCAGUUCAGGGUUAGGUAGCCCCAACAGAAGCUCGCCAAGCAUAAUAUGUAUGCCAAAGCAGCAGCCUUCUCGACAGCCUUUUACUGUGAACAGUAUGUCUGGAUUUGGAAUGAACAGGAAUCAGGCAUUUGGAAUGAAUAACUCCUUAUCAAGUAACAUUUUUAAUGGAACAGAUGGAAGUGAAAAUGUGACAGGAUUGGACCUUUCAGAUUUUCCAGCUUUAGCAGACCGAAACAGAAGGGAAGGAAGUGGUAACCCAACUCCAUUAAUAAACCCCUUGGCUGGAAGAGCUCCUUAUGUUGGAAUGGUAACAAAACCAGCAAAUGAGCAAUCCCAGGACUUCUCAAUACACAACGAAGAUUUUCCAGCAUUACCUGGUUCCAGCUAUAAAGAUCCAACAUCAAGUAAUGAUGACAGUAAAUCUAAUUUGAAUACAUCUGGCAAGACAACUUCAAGUACAGAUGGACCCAAAUUCCCUGGAGAUAAAAGUUCAACAACACAAAAUAAUAACCAGCAGAAAAAAGGGAUCCAGGUGUUACCUGAUGGUCGGGUUACGAACAUUCCUCAAGGGAUGGUGACGGACCAAUUUGGAAUGAUUGGCCUGUUAACAUUUAUCAGGGCAGCAGAGACGGACCCAGGAAUGGUACAUCUUGCAUUAGGAAGUGACUUAACAACAUUAGGCCUCAAUCUGAACUCUCCUGAAAAUCUCUACCCCAAAUUUGCAUCACCCUGGGCAUCUUCACCUUGUCGACCUCAAGACAUAGACUUCCAUGUUCCAUCUGAGUACUUAACGAACAUUCACAUUAGGGAUAAGCUGGCUGCAAUAAAACUUGGCCGAUACGGAGAAGACCUGCUCUUCUAUCUCUAUUAUAUGAAUGGAGGAGACGUAUUACAACUUUUAGCUGCAGUAGAGCUUUUUAACCGUGAUUGGAGAUACCACAAAGAAGAGCGAGUAUGGAUUACCAGGGCACCAGGCAUGGAGCCAACAAUGAAAACCAAUACAUAUGAGAGGGGAACAUAUUACUUCUUUGACUGUCUUAACUGGAGGAAAGUAGCUAAGGAGUUUCAUCUGGAAUAUGACAAAUUAGAAGAACGGCCUCACCUGCCAUCCACCUUCAACUACAACCCUGCUCAGCAAGCCUUCUAAAAAAAGACUUCCCUUUUCUUGGGGUAUGGCUGUCUCAGCACAAUACUCAACAUAACUGCAGAACUGAUGUGGCUCAGGCACCCUGGUUUUAAUUCCUUGAGGAUCUGGCAAUUGGCUUAUGCAAAGGGUCACCAUUUGAGGUCCUGCCUUACUAAUUAUGUGCUGCCCAACAACUAAAUUUGUAAUUUGUUUUUCUCUAGUUUGAGCAGGGUCUGAAUUUUUUUUUUCAUUUAUUUUCUUUUUUUGCCAGCAGACAGACUUGAGUCUGUAAAGACAAGCAAGUACACUGACAGAAGUUUACCAUUUAGUUUCUAAAAUGUAAAAAAAGAAAACCCACAAAAGACUCAACAAAAUUAGACCACAAAAUUUGCAUUGUUCAUUGUAGCACUAUUGGUAAUAAAAUAACAAAUGUUUGUGCAUUUUUAUGUGAAGAUCCUUCUCGUAUUUCAUUUGGAAAGAUGAGCAAGGUCUGCUUCCUUCAUUUUACUUCCCCUUCUGUUUUUGAAAGGCAGUUUCGCCAAGCUUAACGCAAGAAUAUCUGACUGUUUAGAAGAAAGAUAUUGCCACAAUCUCUGGAUGGUUUCCAGGGUUGUGUUAUUACUGAGCUUCAUCUUUCCAGAAUGAGCAAAACACUGUCCAGUCUUUGUUACGAUUUUGUAAUAAAUGUGUACAUUUUUUUUAAAUUUUUGGACAUCACAUGAAUAAAGGUAUGUAUGUACGAAUGUGUAUAUAUUAUAUAUAUGACAUCUAUUUUGGAAAAUGUUUGCCCUGCUGUACCUCAUUUUUAGGAGGUGUGCAUGGAUGCAAUAUAUGAAAAUGGGACAUUCUGGAACUGCUGGUCAGGGGACUUUGUCGCCCUGUGCACUAAAGGGCCAGAUUUUCAGCAGCCAAGGACAUCCAUACCCAAGUGAAUGUGAUGGGACUUAAAGAAGUGAACUGAGACAAUUCACUCUGGCUGUUUGAACAGCAGCGUUUCAUAGGAAGAGAAAAAAAGAUCAAUCUUGUAUUUUCUGACCACAUAAAGGCUUCUUCUCUUUGUAAUAAAGUAGAAAAGCUCUCCUCAC